GUGAGAGCGGACACCAUGGAGGACAGACGUCUGCUGGCUCUGACCUCUCUGAUCAUCUACACAGCAACGCUUCCAGCGUUCUCAGCAGGUCUGACUGUGAGUCCCAGCAGAUCUCAGUUCCUUAAGAGAGACUCAGUGUCUCUGAGCUGUGAGGAGGACGGAUGGACAGUUUGGAGGAAGACCAGCAGCAGACAGAGGAGUUCAUGUGGAGACGGGUGGGGAGAAGCUGCUGGUUCCUCCUGUAGAAUCACAGGAAUUUACCCCAGAGACAGUGGAGUUUACUGGUGUGCGUCCAGAGAGGGAGCAGCUGGAAGCAGCAUCAACAUCACUGCAGCUGAUACAGUGGUCCUCCAGAGUCCAGUCCUCCCUGUGAUGGAGGGACAGGACGUCACUCUGGGUUGUAGAACCAGCGCUCCCUCCACCCUCUCAGCUGAGUUCUUUAAAGACGGCGUCUCCAUCGGGACCGAGUCCACAGGUCACAUGACCCUCCGCCAUGUUUCCCGCUCUGCUGAAGGCCUCUACAGGUGUAGCUUCAGAGGUGUUGGAGAGUCUCCACCCAGCUGGAUCUCUGUCUCAGGCUCGGCAGCAGAACCUGAAGUCACCUACAGCGACGUCAACAUCCUGCAGCGUCAGCAGCAGCCGGUCAGACGGAGCAGAGAUGUGGAUCCAGUGUAUUCAGACGUCAGAGUUCAAGAUGUUUCUUAUGGACAAAUAGUCAUCAAAGAGAAACGAAGCCGAGCGGAGAAGUCAGAGAUUCCUCCAGAGCCUGACGUGGUCUACUCCUCCCUGAGGUGACCCCCCAGUCCAGACCCAUCCGGAUCCAGACCUCCACACUGCUGAGUUCUACUGAGUUCUAUCGAGUUCUACUGAGUUCUGCUGAGUUCAGACUGGAUUCUAUUAGGUUUUAUCUGAGUUCGAAUUUUUUUUGAUCCAGUUUUAAUUGAGUUUCAUCACGGUUUCAUGAGUUUAUUUGGCUUGAACUGCUUUUAUUGAGUUUUAUUUGAAUUUGAUCAGGUUUUUACUCUUUUUAUUGAGUUUGAACAGGUGUUUAAUUGCAUUCAUUUUGUUUGAAUGGGUUUUUAUUGAGUUUUAUCAGGUUUUUCUUCAGUUUGUUUCUCUAUCUGUCGUCUCUCUGAUAGUAAAAAAAGUCACUCCUCAUAUUAAACAAUCAAAAAUUACUUAUAUAUAUGUUCAAAUUAAUCUUCUUCCUUCUAUUUUCCAGAGGGUUUUCACACUUGCUGGCUCAAACUGCGGUGCUUUUUAUUUCUCAUGUUUUCUGACUUUAUUUUCAACCAGUUUUCUAUGUUCGACUGGUUUUUCGCUGAUUUAAUUUUUUCUAUUUUUUU